AUCCCCACAUUGCUCAAAGCAUGGAUAGACUGAAUGGUGUUCCUUGUCUGGGAAGAGGAAACUCAGAGCCAAACUACAUGGCAUGAACCUGGACAAAGACAAUGAGUCUGAGUGAAGUGUUCACAAGCCUCAUCUUCAUUCUCUGCUCUGUGAUUGCACCUCUUCUCACAGAUGAAGAAGCCCUGCUGCCAGCCCCUCAGAAUAUCUCUAUCCUGUCCACCAACAUGAAGCACUUCCUGACCUGGAGUCCAGUGACGGUCCCUGGAGAAACUGUGAGAUACUCUGUUGAGUUUCAGGGGGAGUAUGAAAGAGAUUAUGCCAACGAGAUCUGGAUACCCAUCAGUGAAUGUUCGCUCAUCAUUGUGACUCAGUGCAACGUCACAGAGGACAUCUCUGCCACCGUGCCCUAUAACCUACGCGUGAGGGCAAACCUAGGUUCUCAGGUUUCAAAGUGGAGCACACUAAAAGUUCUCUUCAAUCGCAUAACAACUUUCCUCACCCCACCCAUAAUGGAAAUCUCUGCAGACGGGUAUCACUUACUGGGGAAGCUGGAAGACCUGGGACCAGCCUUUCAAUUCCACAUAUUCUAUUGGAGGAAGGGCCAGGAAAGUUGGGUGCACAAGAAGACUGUGAAGGGGAUCAGCUCUGUGGUGCAUCUGGACACCAUGGAGGCAGGAGCUGAGUACUGUGUGAAAGCCCAGACCUACGUGGAGGCCAUCAACAGGAGCAGCAACUUCAGCCAAACGCAGUGUGUUCGUGGGCCAGAAGGUGGCAGAUCUACAUGGAUGAUGACUGUCAUGGUGUCCUUCACGGGAUUUGUUGUAGGUGUCUUGGCUCUGCCUUUCCUUGCCUGGAAAAUGAGUCAAAUCUUCCAGUAUUCCUGCUGUCCAGUCAUUGUCCUACCAGACACCCUGAAAGUUACUGAGUCCCCCGCAAUGUUAAUACACUGCAGGAGUGAGGGGACUGAAUGUUGUGACGUGGCUGUGCAUGUGAUUCCCCCCGAAGAGAUCCUCCGACUGUGGAUUCAGGAUGCACUUUAAAGCUGCCCAGAGAUAAUCAACCCCGUAGAAAACCAUCUAUGAACAGAUUUAGCAGAUUGUGCACUGGGAGCCUGGACACAGUUCCACAAACUCAGGGUAUGUCUAUCCAGAGGGAUCAAUGGGAAGCUUUUUGAUGUUGUAUGGUAACUUGCAGGACGCAAGUCGAACCAAGAGUGUACACACGGGACUCCAGUUCUGUUUUUAAUUCACAUUCUUGUGACCCUGGGAGUCCGUUAUGGCCAACUGGCAUAGGGCCCUCAUACUAUAACUCACAUCAAGCCUCACACACUCAUUGCCCCAACGUACUGUCAUCACAAUAUAUGCAUCUCAAAAGUAUCUUGUAAGGUAUCAUAUGUAAACUGGUGGCACACUGGUCACUCCAAAAAUCACUGAUGUAUGUGUGGGUUGACUACAGAGAGUUAUAAAUGUAUGCUGGAAAUGUGUUUGUAAAAUGUGUUUGGGAGGCAGACCAUAAAACCAGACUGCCCUAGAUAAAGAAAUGUGUACCUACCUGUCUGACCAGCUUGGUCAUAAGCAGAGGACAAUGGAAGAACAAAGCCAUCAAGUUAAAUAGGUAGGGGAAAAGACUGUUUAACAAUCACAUUGGGGGACCGAAUCUACACCCCAGGAUGCCUUCCUGGCUCUUGAGGCUGAGACAAUGGACUUUGAGUAAUAGAAGGGGAGCAAAAAGACAUUUUAGUGAUCCAUCACUGAGGAGACAAAGGGUACAGCACCCUUGCAGUCUGUGAAAGUUGGAUCUCCCUAGUCUGAAAGGCUAGGAAUGCUGGUACCUACAUCAAGUUAAGAAAAGUUAAGAAUGUAACUUUUUAAGAUUAUGUUCUUGUCAUUAGAAAGCAUGUUUUAUUUUGUUUGUAACCAGACCUGUCUUUUUCUCUUGCUUAGUAUCACUUAAAUCUCUGUUCUUUGUUAAUAAACUUAUUCUUGUUU